UACUAUAUAACCAGUGAUGUUAUCUUUUAAAGGAAAAAGCAUGUUUGUCAAAUAAUGCGCAAGACAAAUGAAGUGUAGGAAAAAUUAUUUCCCGCUCUCUGUUGGACAAAUGAUGUGUAGGACAAAUGAUGUGAAUGACAAAUAAGGUGUAGGACAAAUGAUGUGUGUGACAAAUACUGCAAAGGACAAAUGAUGCACAGGACAAAUGAAAUAUUCCCCACCCUAUAGGAAAAAUGAUCCCUGGACAAAUGAAAUAGUGCUGUAACUGAAUCCCUCUUUUAAAAUAUGUAUUACACUGUGUAAAGUGAAAUUAGAAUCUUUCAACAUCUUUUUGUUUUAGACAUUAAUCAAAAAAACUCUUUCUAUCCUUUAGAGUGUCACGGGUAAUUCAAAUUAGUUUAAUGAUCCUUGACUAUUCAAGAGUGCUGCUCACAUGGUGUUUAAACCAGUAGGGAACAAGUAGUGUGAAUCUAACGGUGGUCUUCUUAUCACUGUUAAAUUAUGUUUCUCUUUAUGUUGUUAAUAGCAAGCUGUGUUGCCAGGGGUACUGAAAUCCAGGAUAAAGAGAUCUCUUCAUGGGAAAAUAAUGAAACUGAACCAAGAUUGGAAAAAAUCACCGAAAUGGAGCCUCCUGGAAUACAGAAUAAAGAAAUCCGAGAACUAGAGAACCGACUUGAACAUCAACAACCCAAGAUGCAAAGUUUUUAUAAGUGUAAAUGUGUAACAACAAAUCCAUACAAGAACAAAAGUAGGACUGGAAGAUCAAAUCUGAGAAUUUCUAAUCAGAGAAUGCUAAGUAGUAUCCAAUCUGUUCAUACAGCUACAGUACAAACUCCUUCAGCUACUUGGACAAAGAUGGAUGAAGCAGGGUUACUAGAAAUUGAGAGGAAAGAUGGGCAAGAGGAAGUAUCCGAAGAGAGAAAUAGAAAUACAUCCUCUACAUUUAAUAAAUUAGAUAGAACAAGCUAUCUUAAUCUGUUUGGUCUACUAGGUCUUCUUUCUGCUGCUUUUCUUAGCCAGACUGAUUCUUUUUCAACUAAUUUGAAUAGAACAGAACUUGGAUCUAAGAGCUCUAGUAUCUCGUCUUCCAGCCAGAUUGAUUCUAUUGGAGAACUAUACAAUAGUUCUGUAACUAGUUCUUACAGAAAUAGUUAUUUUAACUUUUAGUUUGAGUAAAAUAUACAUAUUACUAUGUUAA